GGAAGGCGGCCGGAAGUGAGCGGGCGAGCCGGAAGCGGAGGGGAGUUUCCUCAAGAUGGCAGCGCCCUUGUCAGUGGAAGUGGAGUUCGGCGGCGGCGCCGAGCUCCUGUUUGACGGUGUGAAGAAGCACCAGGUGACCCUGCCUGGCCGGGAAGAGCCCUGUGUAACAACAGUGUGUCCUGCGCCUUCCUCUGCAGGGGACAUCCGGAACCUCCUGGUCUGGAUCAAGAAGAACUUACUGAAAGAGCGGCCAGAGUUGUUCAUCCAGGGAGACAGCGUGCGACCGGGAAUCCUGGUGCUGAUUAACGAUGCCGACUGGGAGCUGCUGGGCGAGCUGGACUACCAGCUGCAGGACCAGGACAGCGUCCUCUUCAUCUCUACACUGCAUGGCGGCUGAGCACCAGUUUCUGAGCCCUGGCACCCUUGGCAGAGGAGCGAGGUGGGAGCAGGCAGACGUCCCUGUGGGCCCUGCUUCCACUUCUCCCCAGCUCCCUGGGCUGCCGCCCCUGCUCUCUCCCCUGAGCUCCCUCCAGGCAGGAAAAAGAGGCCAGGUGCUAAAAAUGGGCCUUUUGCAGGCACAUCAGCCAGAGAAGGCAGGCAGGCACUGGGCCAGCCGCUGGGGUGGGGGAAGUGUCCCUGUGUCAUGUCAGAAGUGUAAGGGCCCCAUGGCCAGGUGACCCAGAUGCCUCCCCAACUCCCAGGCUCUGUCUGCACACCAAGGAACGCCCACACAGCACUAUGGCUCCUGGGCCAGGGAAGAUGAACAGGCCUGGGUGGCUGAUGGGAGGCCCCUCCCUUCUCAAAAAGGGGAGGAGCCUUCUUCACCUCAGUUUCCUCAUCUGGACAACCAAGGACUCUGCCUGUCCCCCACUGACAUCAUUAUGGAACCCCAGCUGGGGUCCCCUAUUCAGUGCUUACCCCACCCAGCCAGCAGCUGCUGUCCUAGUCAUACCCCUCCUCCUGUCCCUCCCACCCCCAGCCCUUGACCCUGGCUGGCCUCUCCACCACACACAGGCCACCAGAUGGGCUCCUGAGAGCCUCCCCAGGCCCCCUACAGCUCCUUCUGCUGCAGAUUGAAAGGGGGAGGGGCCCUAACCUUGGCCUGGCUGGAGGGGGGAAGAGUUCAUUGUACCUCAGCUUCCCCGCGCCAGCAGCUGAUACUUAGAGCAUCAGAAACCAGGAGCUACUUGAUGGCACUAUGUGGACUGGAUCUUCCCUGUCACAUGUCCCACAGAGAGCGGGCCUCCGCAAGCAGCACCUGGUAGGCGGAGUGCUUUGCCCCUCCUCCCUCCAUCCCUUCUGGAAGUCUUGGGGCCUCAGUGCCUUCAAACAGCUGGCCUUGGCAAAUAAAGGACCAAGUUGUUUACUACUAGCCUUGCUUGGGGCGUCAUCCUUGGGACUCUGCCACACCCAUCACCCUCUGUCCUAGUCUGUGUGCCCAAAGCUCUCCCAGCUUCCCUUCACCCACCCGGGAUGGGUCUGUAAGGGGAUGGGAUGUAAGACAGUCUGGAAAGGCUGCCCAAGGGAGGAGGGUGUAAUCCUGGGCCUGUUGACCCACCUGGGUCCCAGGAUCUGUACCCACCCAACUGUGCAAGAACAGACUUUGUCCCCCACCAGCUGCAGCCAUAGCUGUACAACCCAGGAUGGGGUUGGCAUAGAGGAUCCUGCCAAGCUCUUCUUUCUGCCCUGUGACCUAGAGGAAAGUGGUCUGUUUGCCAGUUGGAGACCUCAGAAAAAAAUUGGGAUGCUAACAUCCUCCCAUCCCAGGUACUGCCCUUCACCAAGAGGCUCACCGUGGAGGAGGAAGGCUGGGUGGGGGCUGGGGUGAGGGGAGCAUGCCAUUCUGAGCUUUUCUCCAGCCCUAGCAUGCAGGUGCCCUCUGGGCAUGUGUGUGAGUGGGGGCAGCAUUGGGAGGGUUGCGGGAGGGACUGGUCUAGGUGCAGCCUAAGGCCAGCCCCAGCUUCCAUUGCUGUCUAGACAGGCUGUGUGACCAACCCUAGGUGCUGCCUGACCCACGUUAGGAAGCAGGACAAGGGACUUGACCCCUGCAGGCUCCCUUCCAAGAGGGUGGCCUGUCUCUUUGGCCUCCAGUCCCCUGAGCUGUGGGAGCUGCACAUCAUCCCAGCCAGGGUCCCAGCUCCUGAAGCCUGGGUAUAAGGGCCCCUUGUCCUGCCUGCAAGGAUCAGGGUGACGGGUGAUGGGUACAGGGCAUCCCUUCUCCUGCUGCACCCCAGCCAAUUCUGGGGCAUGGAGCAGGAACACACGGCGGGAAAACCCUGCCCUCCCCGGAGUGGAGAUGAGAGCUCUGCCGUUGAAAUCGGUCAGAGCCAAGGCACUCUGGGAUAUUUGGGGUCAUUUUUAGCACCAAGCCAGAGAAGUCAGCCCCAGCAACUCCCAGCCAUACCCCUCCCAAGCAACUCCUGAGCCUUACUGUGGAAGAAAUAAAUCAAUAAAUAAACCCCACCAUGUCCGAUGA